AUGUAGUUGCUUUCAAGGAGAAGGGACUUCACCAACAGACAAUACAAGAUACAAGAAAACAGAGGAAACAGAGGAUAUUGAAGAAGAAAGAAAGAAAGUGGAAGAUGAGGCUGUUUGAGAGAAAAGGGCCAUGCGGUUUUACAUCCUCUUCCACUGCUGAUGAAGUCACACUGGGGAUUGACGGCUCUGGUUUCACUGCCCUUGUCACAGGGGGAUCAAGUCGCAUUGGUGCUGAAACAGUCCGUGUUCUUGCUCUACGUGGUGUCAGUGUUGUAAUGGCUGUCAGAAAUAUGACUGCUGGCCAAGAGGUUAAAGAUGCAAUCGUUAAGGAAAUCCCUGCAGCCAAAGUUGAUGUCAUGGAGUUAGACCUUAGUUCACUUGCAUCUGUAAGAAAAUUUGCAGCAGACUUUAAAACUUCUGGUCGUCCAUUGAACAUUUUAAUUAAUAAUGCAGGAGUCAUGGGAACUCCAUUUACGCUAUCCAAGGACAACAUAGAAUUACAUUUUGCCACAAACCACUUAGGUCAUUUUCUUCUAACCAAUCUGUUAUUGGACGCUAUGAAGAAAACAUAUCACGAAACUCAGAGAGAGGGAAGGAUUGUAAUUGUAUCAUCCGAUGGCCACCGGCAUACAUAUCGUGAAGGUGUUCGUUUUGAUAGGAUCAAUGAUCGAGAAGGGUACAACGGUUUUUUUGCAUACUUUCAAUCAAAGGUUGCCAACGUACUACAUGCUAAUGAGCUUGCAAGACGCUUAAAGGAGGAUGGGGUAGGGAUAACAGCGAACUCGGUUCAUCCCGGAGUAGUUGCAACCAGUAUCUUCCGUCAACUCGGCUUUUUUGAAGGUUUACUCAACUAUGUGGGCAAAUAUAUUAUGAAGAAUGUUCAACAAGGUGCUUCAACAACUUGCUAUGUAGCAUUGCAUCCGCAAGUGAAGGGCAUAAGUGGUGAAUAUUUUGAGGACAAUAACCUAUCAAAAGCAAGUUCCAAGGCCAUGGAAGUGGAUUUAGCAAAGAAGCUUUGGGAUUUUAGCAUGAAUUUAGUGAAGGAAAAUGUAGAUGAUGGUUCUUGAUCUGGUAGGCUAAACAGAAGCAGAUGAUUUAGCAAGUUCAGAAAGUAAAUUUUGAU